AUGACUGAACUGCUGCUGCUCCUCCUCCUCCAACUGCUGCUGCUGCUGCUGCUUGGGGACGACAAUGAUGGCAUCGAAGAUGAGAAUCUCGACAGCAAACGCCUGGAAGACCCCGACCAUGACCCUGACCCGCUCUCCGUCUCCGUUAAAACUUGGCUCGAGGCUGGAGAACAGCCCAGCAUCCUCCGCAGCUUUCACGACCACUGGCUGAAAAUCAGCACUCCCGACUCGGCCACGGCCCGCGCUGGCCAAGCUCUUGAUCAAAUCGCCCUUGCCCCUGCCUGGCUCCAACCCACCCUCGCCAUGUAUGCCGAAGCCAUCGAGCGCGAAGAGCUCUAUCUUGGAGGACGCAUCAGCCGACCACCCUUUCCCACCUUUGUGCGCUCUCAAAACGACGACGGCUCAGCCCGCUGCCAACUUCAUGGUUUUCUCUGGCAAUACGACCUCAGACCUCAAGAUUUGGAAUUGUUGGUGCAGCAUCCCCUCUCCACCUUUAUCUGGCGACCUUUGGACACGUGGAGCGAGCCCUUUGAAUCGGGCGCCCUGGCUGCCAUGCUGCUGCUCCCCUCGCUUCGUGUCUGCGAUAUUCGUUGCUACAGCCAGAACCUGCUUUAUUCCAAUCUACUCCUCUCCCAGGCGUCCCCUUCCAUCGAGCAGCUAACGCUCCAUGGCCUUCGCUUUACCGUCGACUUUUUGCCUUCGCUGGUCAAUUUAACAUCCCUGGAUGUGUCUGGCACCAAAUUUGGCAACGAGCAUCUGAAACUGCUCACCCAAAGUCCGGUGGCCGCGACGCUACGAGAAUUUUACGCCGCCGACACACCUCUAUCUUUGCCCCUCAGCGCUUUAUUUGGCAAGCUUACCAACCUUCGCAAGCUUUCACUGGCCGAAGUGGCCAGCCUCAAGUCUCACUUUGGCUCCAAUGAAGCUGUUCUACAGGACCUGGAGGCGUUGGCUCGUCACUGCCCAAAGCUUGAAUGGUUGGACCUGACCGGAUUGCACGUGGACCUCGACGUUCUCACCUGGCUUGGACGGUACUGUCCUCACCUUCAGUACCUAGGGCUAGUUAAUACGACCUUCGAUGCACCAGAUGUGCUGGCCAGAUUCCCUACUACACGUCCCAACGAUGGCGCAAAUAGAACACCACCCUCCGAUGACCCUUUUGGCAGUACUGAUCUGCCGGAUGAACGCCCAACUGAAGCUGAUCUCGCACCCCUGCGCCCCAUCAUGGCCAUCGCCAAUGGUGAACUUGAACAUAUUGCGCGAGGCCUCAUGGAGCUCUCGCCCCUGCUCGAGUCUGCCAUCGGCUCCGUCUGCUCGGCUCUCUUCUCCACGUUGACGAGAAAUCCACAGCCCAUGCCCGUAGAGCUUUUCGAGCGUUGCAUCACCCUGAUUCGUUGGCGACGCCACAUAGCUACCUCGCAACCCGAGCCCACGGCGGCCCCCGUCAUCACAGGCUUGACCGCGGUCAUGUUUGCUCUCCUUGAUCGUCAAGUUUGUUCCGACAUUCCCGUUCUGUUGCGCCACAAGGCUGUGACCGAACUAUGCUUGUGUUUACAGCAACUGGUCUGCGCGACGAGCGUUGUCCGAAACAUGUGUCUUGUUUUGGAACGCUUUGACCCAUUCUCAGACCUCGCCCCUAUCAGCGUCCCGCUCUUUGGCGCCCUCAUGCGCUAUCUUGGGCAUGACCAACUGAUGCAACUCGACGCCCGCACCCUACGCGCCAUCGUGAGCCUCUUGGCCCACUACCUCGGCAUUUUGCAUCCUCCUCUGAAAGCAGCCAUGCUUGACUACACCCCGGACUUUGGCAGCCGGCUGCGCCAUUUGCUCGAACUCCUCUGGAGUACCGGAGUGGAUCAAGCCGAGAACCAUGACAUCAACUUCAUCUUGGAAGCCAUCUUCUCGCUGCUGUGGAACAUCACGGAUGAGUGUCCUAUCAAUUCGCGACGCGUGUUGAGCACAGAUCUUUUCGACUAUGCCUUUCGAAUCAAGCUUCCGACCAUUAUUCAAGCCAAACAAUACAACAUCUUGCGUGCCAUGAUGGGCCUACUUGCCAAUAUGAGCGAGGAUGAAUAUCGUCAGCGCCCGUCACCAGCAGCUGGACAGCACGACCCUCACGCUUAUUCCUCGUCGGACCUCGAGUUGACCUACAACGUCGUGGGAAUUUUGUGCAACAUCAUGUCAGUGUGCGACCAUAAGGGGCUGCGUCUUACUCCGAACAUCAAGAGUCGAUACGACUCUAUUCCGUUCCACGUGAUUGCCGCAGUUGAAUCGUGGCCCAAGGCCAAUUUGGACCGCUGCUGGAUCAACUACCGGACCUUGCGGCCGCUUCAGGAGCAUCUGCGUUGUCGGCGCCACCACAUUCAAGAACCUAUCCUCAUUUGGGCCACCUGGGCCAUCUGGCAGCUUUGCCGAACCUUGCCGGAUACCUUCAUUCCCAUGACAGUGCAUGAGGGUGUUUUCUUCGAUCUGCGAGCCGUCGCAAGUUUACCGACCGUGCCCGCCACCGUCACAAACUACUCCCGCCUGGCUUUGGAUCUGUAUGUUGACACAUGUCGUGCAAAAGCACCGCGACUGGGCUUGCAAGACCUCAUCCGCUUUUGGGACGACCAACCGCUACUGACAUGA